UAUGCGCUGUCGUCUGAGACGUGAGGACGCCCACUUGCCUCAAGCUGACGCUUCCCUCCCAGCAUGCACCGCGACUGCAAGAUGUCAGGUCUAGUGAUGGAGACUGGAAGCGCCGAGAAGGAUGGGGAGAACUCGAGGGCCCGAGCGCGCAGGGGUUACACCCAGCAGUGCAGAGGGAAUAAACAUCCAGUCACAUAAUGAAAGACACAAUGACAGUUGGGAAGUAUUAGGAAGUUGCUUCAGGAGUCGGAGGCAGCAGUGCAGUGAACAGAAAGGGACAAAUAAACACAAUGACAGAACUAGUCCCAGUGAGAAUGGAAUGGAUUUUGGGAAGUUGUGCAAAAAUAUCUUCAGCUCAGGAUUUGCAGAAAUCGUGUGACUUCUGGAUAAUGGAAAGUGGAGAUUUGAUUUUUUUUUUUGUCUUGUGAUGUUUUUGUGAUUUCGCUUAUUUUCAUAUGCAAAUUAGUGAUCAGUUCUGAGGCGCCAGACUACAACACUAGAGACAGGAACAUAAACUUUACAUUUUGGGUAAAUGGUAAAAAAUAAAAGAUGGGAAAGUGAUUGAAAAAGGUCUUUGUUUAUGGUGAACAAUCUGAAAACAACUGAAAUGAAAAAAUGUUUGGAAGGCUGACUCUUGGUCUGUCUCACAAUGAUCCCUGCGGGUGCAGACUGUUAUUUUGGGGCUGUUAUAUCCGGCUGCUCCAGCCUUCACCCACUGCACAGUGACAGCAGAGGAGACUCAUUGGAUAAUCUGCUCACCCGCCUGCCCCUCACUCCUUCCCUUUCCCCUCGCAAACGGACCACCAGUCAAAGCAAGACAGAACCCCCACUGCUGCGCACCAGCAAGAGGACCAUUUAUACAGCCGGCCGCCCACCCUGGUACAAUGAAUCCGGGACACCGUUUAAAGAGGCCUUUGUUAUAGGUCUUUGUGGUGGGAGCGCCUCUGGCAAGACCACGGUGGCCAAUAAGAUCAUUGAAGCUCUGGAUGUUCCCUGGGUUGUUCUCCUAUCAAUGGAUUGCUUCUAUAAGAUACUCAGUAAGGAGGAACAAGAGCUUGCGGCCAAGAACGAGUACAACUUCGACCACCCUGACGCGUUUGACUUUGAUCUUCUGGUGAAUGUUCUGCGCAAACUAAAGAAGGGGAAGAGUGUGAAAGUUCCAGUGUACGAUUUUACAACCCACAGUCGCAGGAAAGAGUGGAAAACCAUCUAUGGAGCCAAUGUGGUGAUAUUCGAAGGGAUCUUGGCGUUUGCCAACAAGGAGCUACUGAAGCUCCUUGAUAUGAAGGUGUUUGUGGAUACUGACUCUGACAUCAGAUUGGUGCGCAGACUGAAGCGUGACAUCACUGAUCGUGGCCGUGACAUUGUGGGAGUUAUUAAGCAGUAUAACAAGUUUGUGAAGCCGGCCUUUGAGCAGUACAUCGAGCCCACGGUGCAGCUGGCUGACAUUGUGGUACCCAGAGGUGGAGAAAAUUUUGUGGCCUUGGAUUUAAUUGUGCAACAUGUGCAUAGCCAGCUGGAAAAGCGAGAAAUCACUGUCAGGGCUGCGCUAGCAUCUGCCCACCAGGGACAGCCCCUUCCUGACACCCUCAGUGUCCUCCCAAAUACCCCUCAGGUACGAGGGAUGCACACCAUUAUCAGGAAUAAGGACACAAAUCGAGACGAGUUCAUCUUCUAUUCCAAGCGCCUGAUGCGACUCCUAAUUGAGCACGCUCUUUCUUUCCUCCCCCUCAGUCCCGUGACUGUGGAGACUCCCCAGGGAACGUUAUACCAUGGCAAAAGAUUCCACCGACAGAGGCUGACGGGUGUGUCUAUUCUCCGAGCUGGUGAGACCAUGGAGCAGGCGCUGAUGGCAGUGUGUAAAGAUAUUCGCCUGGGGAAGAUACUCAUACAGACCAAUCACAACACAGGGGAGCCAGAGUUACAUUACUUGCGUUUGCCCAAGGAGAUCAGUGAGGAUUAUGUGAUGCUGAUGGACAGUACUGUAUCUACUGGAGCUGCAGCCAUGAUGGCAAUAAGGGUGCUGCUGGACCAUGAUGUUCAGGAGGAGAAGAUUUUCCUGCUGUCACUGCUGAUGGCAGAGAUGGGGGUGCAUUCAGUGGCGUAUGCCUUCCCACGUGUCCGAAUCAUCACCACGGCAGUAGAUAAGCGAGUCAACCAGGAGUUUCACAUCAUCCCCGGCAUUGGUAACUUUGGGGACAGGUUCUUUGGUACAGACGCCCCCUGUGACUGGCACAAAACUGAUGAGUACAACAUGGAUUACUGAGUGCCUGGAGCUGCCCUGCCUCACUCUUGCUCCGCCAGCCCCCCAUUUGCCAUAGCUGGGGGCACAUUAACUCUUUUCUCUAUUUAUUGCUCAAUUGAGUCUAUACUGAUGCUCAGGGGUUAUUGUUUGAGCGCCAGUUUCCUUUAACCCAUUCCCUGCCUGGUGAUGAGAGCGCACCAUUCCCUGCCAUGUUUGGACUGGCUACUGACCCCCGUGCGGCUCGGGUUUCCGGCAGUUUUCUUUGGACAUAAAGUAUAUUUAGUUAGUGAGAGAGUAUGUGCUUGUGCCAUUCUGUGUGUCCUGCUGCAGCCUGAGCUGGAGGGAAAACGUGUAUUUGUAGCUGCACAUACGGACCUUCACCAACAAAACCCCAAGCAAUGGCACAACUUCUCCAAUUGAACUGCUCUGUGUGCUCAGCAUUUGUGCCUGAGAGACGAGUGAUAUUUUGUAUCAUGGGGAGCCCAGGCCCAUAUGGAUUUGCUCCUUCAGAUCACAACAUUUUGUUUGUUACUCAGUGGGUGGAGCAGAUAAGGGAUGUCACUUAUAGGGCAGCAAGUUCAGGCCAAUCAAAUUAUCUCUCUAUAUAAAGGGAAUAUUUCUGCAGGGACUGGGUACAAGAUCCAGUCCCCCCCAGCUCUUUAUAACAUGGAGGCAAAGUUUGCAGCAAUGUAGCUACUCAAGUCAUGUGAUUCCUUACAGGACACUGGGUUCAUGGGAUAUUCUAUUAACUCUCCAGCCACUGCUACAAGAACACAAGGGUCUUGAGGGCCCUAUAACCUGCCAAUGUGCAGCAUUGCCCUGGAUACUGUAUGUAUGUAUAACUUUAUUUGUAAAGCACUGUUAUAAAGGACAAGGAAAGUUAAACUAA